AUGGAACCGUGGCGAGCCCCGCUCUCCGGGAGCCGACGGACAGGGAGAGUGCCUGAUCCUGUACCUGGCCGCCACGAUCAGGAACACUCACACCAAGACCAAAGUCCUAACGCGCCUCCUACCACUCCCCUCCUGGGGGCUUCGAGCACCUCCUUCGGGACUGGGAGGCAGCUCAUGUUCACUCUCUCAUCUGCCGAUGUUCCUGUUCCUUCCCGUUUUUGUGGUGAGAGGUUCCUCGACGAAUCCCCUCGCUGGCUGAUCGUGCGGGGUCGCCACCAGCACGCUCUCCGGGUCCUGCAAAAGGCUGGUCGCUGGAACAAGGUCGCGAUGCCAGCCGAGGAGGAGCUGUACGUUAUCAUGGAGAACAUCCAGAAGGAGGUAAGAAUUAUACCUCGCAUGCGUCACGCCAUCGACCUGACACUCCCACGCCACUCACCACCCUCGACCUACACUCCCACGCGCUCGCCCUCACAGAUACGGGAGGAAGACGAUGCUCGUGGUAGGGACUCUCACCUACUCGGUCUUGGCCAACGCGGUCUCCUGGCUUCACAACAUCUCGGUUAUCCUGCUGGCCGGUUCUGCUUGGGGCUGAUGCAUCCGACGUCCAUACAUUCUGCUUUCAGUCUAGCCAUGGAGAUCUGCGUCCCCCGCUACAGAUCCUUCGUGGGCAUCCUCGUUUUCUUGCCUUGGUCUCUCUCCGUCAUCGCCCUGGGUGGCUAUGGCUACCUGCUGAGAGACUGGAGGUGGCUCAUGUUCACAGUCUGUCUGCCGAGUCUGCUGUUCUUGCCCGCGCUGUGGUUUAUCGACGAAUCACCUCGUUGGCUGAUAGUGAAAGGCCGCCACCAGGAGGCUCUGCGCGUCCUCCGAAGGGCUGCGAAGUGGAACAAGGUCAAAUUACCGCGCGAUGAGGAACUGCUGACUGUCAUGGCGGAAAUACAAAAGGAGCAAGAAGAUGGGCGGAGUCAAGGUCGAGCAAGUUCCUCGGCUCUUGUAGAUCAUCUCAGAAGUGCUGGCAAUGAACUCAUCAUUCUCUUCAAAACCCGGAGGAUACGGACGCUAACCCUAUACUUAUACGUGAAUUACGUAGUCGCCGGUUUAGUCUACUACGGCCUCUCCCUCGGCGGCGACAAGUUCGGCGUCGACCCCUUCGUGUACAUGUCCCUGAGCGGGGCCAUGGAGAUCCCCGGCAGCACCCUCACGAUCCCCAUGGUCGACAGGAUGGGCAGGAGGCCUUCGAACGCCAUUUGCUUCUUCGUCACGGCUGCCGUUCUUCUGGUGCUUGGGGUCAUACCGACAGGGAUUGACUGGCUGGUGACAACCAUGGCUUUACUCGGGAAACUCACCAUCGCCGCCGCCUACCAGGUCCUCUCCCUCCAAGCCACGGAGCUCUUCCCGACCGAGGUCCGACUCCGCGGCUUGGGAACCUGCUCCAUGAUGUCCAAGAUCGGGUCGAUUUCGGCGCCGUUUUUGGUCGAGGCUCUGGGCACCAUCGGGUCCUGGGCGCCCCUCGUGCUCUUCGGGGCAGCUGGUUUUGUGGCAGGAGUGGUGACCCUGAGGCUGCCGGAGACUCGUGGGACGCUCAUGCAGGACACCGUGGCUGGUUUAGAAGCGUCUGGCAAAACAGUCAAGGAAAAAUCCGCGCCCUUAGCCCAGCAAGAGCAAUACCUGGAGGAGAAGGAAACGCUCACUUACUCGGAAUUAAGCAAGUUGCCAUAUAAAGCUAAUAUAAGAUAUUCUCAUGCCAUUGAAGUUCCCUGGGAAUUUGUCUCUUACUUGAGUUGCCAAAAAUUCCUGGAAAGUGUGCAUAAGCUAAUAAAGGCGUCCAGGAUGCUACACGACGAAAAACUAAGCACCCCAAAUGUAGCACCGAAGCACAAAGUCCCAUCUAAUAAAAGCACAAGCAAAGUUGGAGUCCAGGAAGUCACAUCACAGAGGACAUCAUUCAGAAGCCGACACGGUGUGAUUGCACGCGAAACCUGCCCAGAAAUGUCGACGUUUGAUGACUUGCUCCGACGGCUCGGGACAGGAAAAUGGAACCUCACUAUUUCCUCUCCGUUUGUUACUUCACAGUGUGGGACCUGCGUCUUAACUCCUGAGGUGGGUCAUACUUGCCGGUUGCCAGAAAAGGUCGCUGACGAGGAAACUAUCACAAAUAUGACCGGAUCCCAGUGUAGUUAUACAGUGACGACCACAGAUGGCAGCACCGACGAGCGCCCCUGCACUGAAUGGGACUUCGACAACACUACCUAUACUAACACUAUUACUUCCGAGAUAUUCUUUCAGUUUAAGCUCGUGUGCAGCCGUAGUUUUCUAAGACCGACUUUCAAGAGCAUAACUUUCUUCGGUGCCCUUGUAGCGGCUCCCUUCAGUGGCUGGAUGUCGGACAGGUACGGUCGCAAGGUGAUGCUCUCCGUGGGCACUGUGUCCUACGCCCUCCUGGCCAACGCCCUGUACUGGCUCCCGGACAUCUACUCCAUCCUGGUCGUCCGGUUCCUGCUCGGGGUCAUGUCCCCAACGUCAGUGCACGCAGGAUACACGCUGUCCAUGGAGACGUGCGAGCCCCGCUUCCGAGCCGCGACGGGGAUCCUGAUCUUCCUGCCGUGGACCGUCGCCCUCAUCUUCCUGGGGGGCUUCGGCUACCUCCUUCGGGACUGGAGGGAGCUCAUGUUCACUCUCUCUCUGCCGAUGUUCCUGUUCCUUCCCGUUUUGUGGUUCCUCGACGAAUCCCCUCGCUGGCUGAUCGUGCGGGGUCGCCACCAGCACGCUCUCCGGGUCCUGCAAAAGGCUGGUCGCUGGAACAAGGUCGCGAUGCCAGCCGAGGAGGAGCUGUACGUUAUCAUGGAGAACAUCCAGAAGGAGGCUCAAAAGACAAGGAGAUUGAGUGACGCCCUUUCAUCAGGCCCGUGUUCUUGUCUUAGAGGAUUUGUCAGUGAAGCAGUUGUGUUGUUGAGAACAAGAAGGAUCCGCACCAUAACCCUGGCCUUGUAUCUCGACUACCUGGUUCUCGGAACGGUUUACUACGGCCUCUCCCUCGGUGGCGACAAGUUCGGCGUCGACCCCUUCGCCUACAUGACCUUGAGCGGGGUCAUGGAACUCCCCGGCUCCACCCUUACUAUCCCUAUGGUGCAGAGGAUGGGCAGGAAGCCGUCGAGUAUCCUCUGCUUCUUGGCGACUGCCGGAGCGUUGCUGGCUCUCGGAGUGACGACUCUGGGUUGGCUCGGAAUGGUGUUUACGAUGGUGGGCAAAAUGGCGAUCACUGCAGCUUAUCAAAUCAUCUAUUUGUAUGCAAGCGAAGUUUUCCCAACGGAAGUGAGACAGCGGGGUAUGGGAACGGCGACGAUGGUAGCCAAAGUUGGAUCUAUGGCGGCUCCAUUUUUAGUAGAUACCCUGAGCUCCAUUGGUCCUUGGCUCCCGCAAGUCAUUUUCGGGGGAGUUUCCCUAAUAGCAGCCGGGGUAACCCUCAAACUACCAGAAACACGUGGAGCUUCCCUAAAAGACACGGUGGCCGAUCUGGAAACAUCUGGUAACUGCUGACCAACAACGAACCAAAUGUUUUUGAAUACGAGUGGCUUUCUUCUGCGCGGAGCAAAACAGCAGAUGGUAAAUUCUACAAGCUACAUAACGCCACAGAAGGAAUUUUCAGUGGAAAACAUCAAUUCUUUAAUACCGAUAUUUUUUGUCUUUUCUUGUUUUAUUUUGCUUUACUAUACUGUCGUAUAUGUACAAAAGUGCUACUGUACCCACUGAACUGGCUAAUUCUAGUUCUCAAAUAA